GUCGAAAGCGAAAUCUUGGCAAUAUGUACACGGAACGCGUUCCCUAUAAGAAAAGAGCAAAAGAUGAAAAACGUUUAACAGUUAGCAUUGACGAAGAAUUCGUAGAACAAGAUUUUAAAAAAAAUCAAAAUGUUGCUACGAAAAGCAGUAAAAAACUUCAAUCAAAGUCUAAACUGCAAGCAAGCCAUCAAGAUUCAACUUACGAAGAGUUAGACUUGUCAAAAUUGAACGACAACAAUGACAAUCACCAGUCAUUGAAUGCAAACGAAGAAAACACAACAUAUCAAGAAUUGGAUGUAGCACAAAUGAAUAAAGAAGAUGACUAUCAGGCAUUAAAUGCAAACGAGGGAGACACAAUUUAUCAAGAGGUGGAUACAACGCUAAUGAAGGAAGAAGAUAACGAUUACAUGUCAAUGACAACAAAAUAAGAGAGAAAAAAGCAAUAGGUUUACGAAAUGACGCAUUUAAAAGUAACGAUGCGGAUAUCAUUUUAACUAUAUGUAAGUUUUAAAAUAUAUUUCUUCUUCCCGUUUCUUUUUUCUUGGACCUUGAAUAUGUAGAAAUAAGAAUUUAUUGCUGUGCUUUAUAAACAUGCGAGUGAGAAAAAAAAGCAUCUAUAAAUUUGAUUCUAUUUUCCUUCUUAAUUAUUACUAAUUAUAAUUGAUCACGGCCUACUAUAUUGGUGUUAUACACAUUUAUACACAUUUAAUGUACUUGCAGAAUAUAGGUCAAAAUCUUUUUUUGUUUUAUAUUUAAGAGGACAUUAAACUGUUUGCUUCAAAAAAUGUUCGCUCAAACUAAAUUGUUAACACCUAACAAAAAUGUAGAAAAAUAAUUUUAAAAAGAAAUGUUUACGCU